AAUAUAAUUUAUUUUCGAAUGAUGAAUCAUUUACGUGUGCCUAAGUUUAAAUUUGGCGGCAAGGAUAACACUGCCAUGGCCGAGAUUCCCACCAUUGUUGCCGACAACAACAAUAGUAUUAACAACAUCAACAACAACAACAAUCAGAGCAACAAUCAAAACACCAACAAUGGCAAAGGGUUUUUGACGCGCAUCAAACGCUACUCGGUGCUGGGCAACAAGCUGAGUCGCCGCCACUUGGGCAGCAUGACACUGCCCGGCACUGGCAGCAACAGUGCCAAAGACCGCUGCGGUUCACCCAGUAAAUUGGCCACUGGAAGCUACAACAUGAGCGGCAGCAAUUCAGAGGAUCAUCGCCUCGAGAUUGGGGCGCCCAUAUUGAUAUCCACCACAACACUGGACACGGAUCGCUUUGGUGUGACGGAGGCGCGACUCAAGCAGAUUGGUGGCGGCAUUGCCAAGACGUCGUCCAUAGUGCGCACGUUGACGCCGCGCAGCUCCGACGAGGAGGAGUUUGUGGACGCCUGUGGCACACCCCAAAUUGAGCAACAAUUGCCACCCGACAGCGCUGAGAUGGAGCAGUAUGCAACGCCAACGCAUCAGCCCGAGGAGGCAGAAUUGCCUCCCGAAUUGCCGCCAGAGUUGCCAGCCACGGCGCCGCCAGAGUUGCCACCCGUAGAGCCACCAAUGCGCAGGCCACGCAUUGCCCGGCAACAGCAAUCACAAUCGGUGCAGAAUCUUCACAGAUCUGAGCUCAAGGUUUAUCUCCACAAAUCACCAUCGAUGACGCUCGAUUUGAAUGCCACAGCGCCACCACAAUUGGGUCUUAAUCUGCCCGAGCUGCCGGAACUCUACGGCGACAGUGAGCAAAGCUUGGCAGCUAGCAACAACAAGGAGAACAACAUGUUGCUGACGACAUCGUCGCCCAAAGGCGAGACGCCCAACUCGGAGCCAAGCACACCGAUUGUUUGUGGCUUUCUGGCGCAGCAGCAGCGCUUCAAGAGCAUCGACUCGUUCCAGUUGGUGCCAUCGAAGCAGAGCUCCAAGCUGAGCCUGGCCAGCUGCCGCAGCAGUCGUCAGAGUCACCAAAGUCGCCAUAGUCGCAGUCACAGUCAUUUGAGCAGCGAUCUGGAUGAUGAUGAGUUUGAUUACGAUCUCAAGUCGGUUAGCUAUCAGAGCCUCAACGCGCAGAAUCUGUUUGUGUCGAUCGAUGAGCUGCAGGAGAUCACCCGACAGAUCAAUGAAACAGAGGACUUUAAUCGUGACAUCGAUCUGGAGUAUUGCACGCAUCGUGAUCAGUUGCGUCCGAACGAGCGACGCAUUACGCUGCUCAAGAAUAAGAAUCAGCGACUGAUUAAUUUCAAUCACAACAAGGAGAAGCUACGCAAGGGUUGGCAUGACAUGAAGAAUUGGCUGGGCGAGGAGAGCAACAAGCUGAAGGAGGUGGUGCGUCAGCAGACGCCACUGAAACGUGUCGCGCAGUCCAAAACGAAUCUCAAUCACUCCAAUGCCAGUCGUCAGUCUAUAUCGCCAAAUCGCAGUGGCGAUCAGGAGCGAGACAUGACUGUUAGCUGUGAGGAUGUCACCGAUCGUACCGAGUUUGAUCCUUCGUUGUCACAGCAUGCCAGCGAGGACGAUUUGUCACCGCAUGCCAAACGCUUUAAGGACGAGGGACAAAAUGGCUUUGAGGAACUGCGUCGCUAUGUCAAACAGGGCGGCGACUUUAGCAAGGAGCUCAUCUUUGUGCUGCAGGAGCGUGCCGACUCGGAGCUCAUAUACUCCAAGUCGCUGUCGAAGUUGGCCAACAAAUUGAACAAGGCCGGCCGAGAGAUACCCGGCAGCGUGGCCGAUGCCUGGCGUGGUGUUGCGACCGAGAUGGAAAGUCGCAGUGACAUACAUCGCCAGCUGGCGGCCUCGCUGACCGACGAACUGGUCAAGCCGCUGAAGACGGUCGUCGACAAUCAUCACAAGACACGCAAAGUGGUUGAGAGUAAUGUGGACAAAGCGGCUCGUGUGCUGAGCGAGUGGCGGGUGAGCGAGGCCAAGGCCAAGAAGGCAUCGCACACAGCGGCACGGGAGAACGAGAAACUGCAGGAUGCAAUGCUGGAUGUGCGCAUACAAAAAUCCCCGUCGAUAGCGUUGCUGCAUCAGGGACCCAACAAACUAGCCGCUGAAAAGGAACUCAAGUCCGCCGAAAAGGAUUGCGUCAAGCUGGACAACAAGCGCAAAAAAGCGGAGGAGGCGGUGAAACGAGCCGAUGUCGAGUACUACACGCUGUGUGUGCGUGCCGAGCGAGCUCGCGUCGACUGGGAGAUGGCCGUGUUGCGUGGCUCCUCGCAGCUGCAGAGCAGCGAGCAACAGCGUUUGGGCAACAUGCACAAUUUCGUGCAGCAAUACGCUCGCCUCAUCGCCGACAUGAAUCCCAUACUGGGCAGCCUGACCAGUCAACUGCAGCCGCAACUGGAGGCCUGCAAUGUGGCCAAGGAUGUGCAGGUGGUGCGCAACAUCCGACGCAACUCCGAGGGUCCCAGCGAGCAGCUGCUGCCCGACUUCUACUGUGAACACACCACGCUGGCCAUGAACCGCGAGCGACGCAAGCAUUCGUUGAUCAAGCUGCUGCAGCUCGUCAAGACCGAUCUGGAGCGGGAACGUCGCUCGCGUGAUGGACUACGCGGAUUAUCGCAGUCGCUGAACAAUCAGGAGCAUCAGAACAUUACCGACAAGCUAUAUCAUAUCCGCUCCAUGCUGACCUACUUGGAGGGUGCACGACUCAAGCUGCACUCGGCUCUGCUCGAGCUAGACCACAAGCCACGCACGACACAUCCUUUGGCGCAGCACAUACAGAUCACACGCGAUCGCACGGGACUCCAGCAGAGCAUACUGAAGGUGCCCAACUGGCUGAAGAACAAUGAGAAGACGCCGCAUUCGACGACCGCGCUGCUCACACAGCAGGAUGUCAGCGAUGAUGCCACAGCCGUGGAUGAUGGGGACGAUGAAUAUUCGCAAUUACAGAGCCAGACGAAUAGUUCGUGUGCCAACAUUAGUGUUGUGGCAGCAGCUGCCACAGCUGCGGGGGGAGGUGCGGGACUGCUUAAGCAUUUCAAUCGCAGCAAGAGCAACAUUGAAACCUUUACCAGCCAACCAAAGAUAAUCUCGACAACAAACGCAUCGCUGGCCAAUGCCGCUGCAACAGCAACAGCAACGCCGACGACGACGGCAACCACAACGAUGACAACAGCUAUGAAAUCGAAGACGCUGUCAGCAGCCGGUUCAGGAGCGGGAACAGGAGAUCGCGGCCAGGCGGAUGGUGGAUCCAAUCAGCAGGACUCUGAUUUCGAUGAGUUCAGUUCGCAGGACGAGGACGAGGCUGAGCCCCAUCAUAAUCAUCAUCAUAAUCAUCAUCAUCAUCAUCUGCAACAGCAGCAGCAUUUCUAUCAGAAUGCCCAGGAGGUGCAGAACUCGUCGAUGAGUUCGCAGGGCACCAAUGGCAGCAUCUCUAAGGAUGUCCACACGAACAACAAUGGUGCCACCAACGGGCAGUGUCAGGUGCUGGGACGCUGCAAGGCCCUCUAUAGCUAUACACCAAAACUGUAUGACGAACUGGAGCUGAGUCCUGGCGAUGUGAUCGAGGUGCAUGCCAAGCAGGACGAUGGCUGGUGGCUUGGUGCCUUGCGCAAUCAAAUUGGCAUCUUUCCUGCCACCUAUGUGGAGGAGUGUGCCUAGCAUAUAUCUAUUAUUCCCUCCCUCCCCCUAAUUAAGCACUGACUGUCUGUAUAUGUGUGUGUGUGUGUGUGUGUGUGUGAGAGAGAGUGUUAAUGUGUGUAUGUGCGUGAAAGAACUCUACAAUUUUAUUUUAAUUUACGCAAUGUUUUUUUUACUUACUUUUGACACAACGAGCUUUAACGGACUCUGCAUUAUCAUAACCAAUUAUUACACAACAAACAAAUAAAAAGAAUUAAAGGAAAAUCCUAUUAUUAAAACCCAGAAAUGGAA